GACCGUUUUGGUCGAAUGGCAUUUUAAAUGUGAGUGCGCGCUCCUGGAGCAAAGGAGAGAGCCGGAGGAGCUGAUAACCCGCCGCACAGCUAGCAGCCUGUCUCCACGCUUAAAGAAAUCCCUGGGAAAACAGCACAAUGUCUGAAGAAAAGCCAAAGGAAGGAGUGAAGACGGAGAACGACCACAUCAACCUCAAGGUAGCUGGUCAGGAUGGCUCAGUGGUACAGUUCAAAAUAAAAAGGCAUACCCCGCUCAGCAAACUAAUGAAAGCAUACUGCGAAAGACAGGGAUUGUCAAUUCGUCAGAUAAGGUUUAGGUUUGAUGGACAGCCAAUAAAUGAAACCGACACACCUGCACAGCUGGAGAUGGAGGACGAGGACACUAUUGAUGUAUUUCAACAACAGACGGGAGGAGUCUUUUCUUAAGUGGGACGUGGACUCUUUGAAGAACAUCCACACCUUUUUUUUUUUCUUUCUAUGUUGUAAUUGUUUAUUUCUGUUUUUACUUCGUUCUUUUUUUCCCCACUGUGCUUGGCUAAACGUCAGGCUCCUCACAACAUAAAAGAGAGUAGUAGGAGUUCGUUUUUUUUCUUCAUUUGGGGCCAAAUCCUAACUUUGAGAUGCAGGGUAACUUUUUUAAAGACAUGUUUUAGAUAAAUGGAUGAUUUUGAAAUUGUCCAAGGCAGGGACACAUCUCAGCUCAGAUUUGGCUCAUAAUGAAAAAAACUUGCUGUUCUUUUGUUGUUGAGAUGACCUCCUGCAUGUCUCAUAAACCAUAAGCUGAACUACAUGCCAAAAUCUUUUUUUGUUUUCUUUUUGUUUAACUUUUCCAGAUUGUUGUAAACAUUGAAAUUCAGGAUGGGUUCAACUAGUUUUAAUUCAUGUACUUGAUUGAUUGCUAUGUGGAAAACUGCUGGAAAGGAGCUUGUGGUUUCUCUCCAUAGAUGCUAAAGGCGCUAUGCCAUUUUUCUAAUGUACAUUUUAGCUGUCUCUUUUGUUUGAUAAACAGUUAAUGACUUUGUUGUAUCAUGCCCAUUUUACCUUCAACAUUUGCUAAGAAAAAUGUGGAUAAAGAUCCAUAUGGAUGGUUUACCUCAAUACUGUCACCCUCAAUGCAGAUUUGACUGAAUGGAAAAUAAAGUACAGCAAUGUUUUUGGACCAAAAAGCUAAAUGAAUAGUGUUCUUUUUAUGACAGGGUUUGGUUAAUAUAUACAUUGAUGUUAAGGGUUUACUGCGACUGUAUCAGUGGUCUUUGUGGUUGCACAGCAGGAGAACUUCUCUUGAUGUGUAAAUUAAUUUUCUUUCAACCUUUUCAGGACUUACAAUAAAAUAUAAUUCACCUUUUACCAGUGCAGAUAUUGAGUGAGCUCAUCUAUGUUUAUAUAUACUUCGUACAUCACUGUAUAAACAAACAUUGAGUCAAUGCUGUGAUGUCGAUUUGUCCAUCAACCUAUCCAACCAUUAUCCACAGAUGCUUAGUUUGUGUUGACUCUUGUGUGUUGGUAGAAAUCUUGUUUUAUAAGAAUGUCUGCCUUCAUUUUAAAAGUUCACAUUGGCAGAUAUUCCACUUUUUUUGUACAUUAUUUGUUGUCCCUAUACUGUAUACAAUAAAUAUAGUUUGAUACUCAG